GUUAAGUACAUUCACAUUGUUGCAUAACUAAUCUCCAGAACUCUCAUCUCACAGAACUGAAACCCUAUGCCCAUUUAAAAAAAAAAAAUUUUUUUUUUUUUGCCCAUUUUAUUUUUUAAACGAUCUUACACUUCACAUGCAGGAAAAUUAACCCUUUUUUAGUGUGGUGUUCUGUAGAUUUUGACAGACAUGAUUGUAAAUUUUUGGUAAAUGUGUUAUUUUUCUGUUUUCUAGAUCUACAGACCUUUAAUUCUGAGUUCUUACAACAAUUUACCCACCAGAUAGAAGUCAGCCCUGCCAAUUACCCUGUUGGUGUCACUGAUCCAAAUAUUGACGGUUUUUCUUUCAUAAAAUUCCUCAGGGAUGGAUCAAAAUUUACUAAAUGUGCUUGAAGUUACAGGUUCCUUUGACUUGAUGUCUUCUAGAUCUUAUUUGUUGUCCUAGGACAGACAUGUCUUCUCUGCCCGGCUCCGUUUUCAGAAUUUACAUUCUCAUAGAAACUGUAUUUUGGCCAAAAAUUGAGAAGACAUACCUUUUUCUUACCUUUUUCAUACCUUUUAAGAAGUAGCAGAACUCGUUUUUCAAGUGAUUUUUCGCAUCUCACGCCUUCCCCAGCCUGUAAGGUUGUGUUUCCCAAACUUGAGCAUUCAUCAGAAUCAAUGGGGACAGACGUGGGCCCCAGCUGCAAAGUUUCUAAUUCAGUGGGUUUGGGGUAGAGCCCCUGACCUUGCAUUUCUAACAAGAUCUCAGGGGUUGCCAACCAAGGCUGCUGGUGGUGUGGGGACCAGAGUUUGAGAACCACUGCCCCAGGGCGCCUGGGAAACCGUUGGUUUAGAAGAGGAAUACCAUCCCUAUCUGUUACUCAUGAUUUUUGUAAAGGGCAUCCUUACAUAUAUAUGUACAACUACAAGCUGAUUCUGUUUGUUUCUGUGGUUUUUUCCUAAAGCCCAACUCAGGAAUUAGUGCCACAAAGAAAACCUGAUGCAACCUCUUCAGAUCCUUCCCCGCCGAUUACUUUCCGGGCUGUACUGUGGACUGAAGUCUCCAGCCUCCUCUGGAACCCGGAUUUGCCCAACAAUGGCUCGACCAAGUUCAAAUAUGGCUGAUUUUCGGAAGCUUUUUGUGAAAGCAAAGCACAUAGUCAUCCUUUCAGGGGCUGGCGUUAGUGCUGAGAGCGGAGUCCCGACUUUCCGAGGAGCCGGGGGCUACUGGAGAAGAUGGCAAGCUCAGAAUUACGCUACAGUGCAGUCAACCUCUCUUUCUCCCAAAUGGAGAAACUGUAUCAACCCAUCAUCACAGGACCUGGCCACCCCGCAGGCCUUUGCACGAAACCCUUCCCUGGUGUGGGAGUUCUACCACUACCGGCGGGAGGUCAUGCUGAGCAAGGAGCCGAACCCGGGGCACCUUGCCAUUGCUGAAUGUGAGGCCCGGCUGCGCGAGCAGGGCCGACGGGUCAUGGUCAUCACUCAGAACAUCGAUGAGCUGCACCGCAGGGCUGGCACCAAGAACCUUCUGGAAAUCCAUGGUAGCUUAUUUAAAACCCGCUGUACCUCUUGUGGCGUUGUGGCUGAGAAUUACAAGAGUCCCAUUUGUGCGGCUUUAUCGGGGAAAGGUGCUCCAGACCCCGAAGCUCAAGAUGCCGGAAUCCCAGUGGAGAAACUUCCCCGGUGCGAAGAGGCCGGGUGCGGGGGUCUGCUGCGACCCCAUGUGGUGUGGUUUGGAGAAAACCUGGAUCCUGCCAUUCUGGAAGAGGUUGACAGAGAGCUGAACCUCUGCGACUUGUGUCUAGUGGUGGGAACUUCCUCCGUGGUUUAUCCUGCCGCCAUGUUCGCGCCCCAGGUGUCUGCCCGGGGAGUGCCAGUGGCCGAAUUCAACAUGGAAACCACCCCGGCCACCAACAGAUUCAGGUUCCAUUUCCAGGGACCAUGUGGUACUACUCUUCCCGAAGCCCUUGCUCCUCAUGAAACUGAAAAUGUUUCUUAGUUGCCCUGCGGAAAGAAGAAAUCAUAGUACCUAGUACUAAGUACCUGGCAAGUACUUAGAGAGAGACAAGAGGAGAACCAGUCGUGGGACGGUGAGCUAAAGACUGGAGGUCUCAGAAUACCCUCCAAUUCCCUGGCUGGAAUCCCACCUGAUGAUAAGUGAGGGGGGGCCUAGAAGCAACAAUGGCAAGCACUCUUAGAAAUCAGCAAACCGUCAAGUUAAUACGUCUUGUUUUGCGUGGGCUUAAACAUAAGAUAUCUCAUGGGUGUUUGGUUGGUCCUGGAAAGGGAAAAUUGUUUGUAAUUAGAUUAUCUUUUAAAAAAAAGUCAUUAUCCUGCUUGAAUUGUUGCCAUCUAGACACAGAGAGAAGAAGAGGGCUAAAACCUUGGUAUUUCUGAUUUUUGCCAAGUUUUGGCGGAAAAUAAAAUUACUCUCUAUAGUAGGUCAUUUAUUGUAUAAAGAUCUUACCCCAAGAGAUGUC